AUGGGGAACAGCGUAGAAUAUGGUGGCUACAAACAGAGCUUAGACUCAGAAGAGAUCUCCUUCUACUUCGGCAACAACUCCUACAAUUACCUCAAUGACAGCGAGUACUACUACAACGAGAGCGAAGGGUGCUGCCCGGAUCAGCCUUGUUACUUCAGUACCAUCCAAGCCUUCGAGAAGAACUUCCUACCAUGUUUCUACGCCCUGAUUUUCCUCCUGGGGUUGUGCGGGAAUGGCAUGGUGAUCACCGUCUUGCUGCGGGCCAAGGAAGCCCUGCCAGGAACAGAUGUUUUCAUCUUCAACCUGGCCAUCGCGGAUAUCCUGCUGGUGGCCACGCUCCCUUUCUGGGCGGCCCAAGCUGUGCACAGCUGGGUGUUCGAGGACUACCUGUGCAAAGUGGUCGGCGGCAUCUUCAAGAUCAACUUCUACUCCAGCAUCUUCUUCCUCGUCUGCAUCAGCUUCGAUCGGUACCUCUCCAUCGUUUACGUCAUCCGCAUGUACAACAGGUCCAAGUCUUCCGGGAUCCUCCUCAGCUCCUUGGCUAUCUGGGUCGUCUGCGUUCUCCUCACGGUGCCGGAUUUCAUCUUCCUGAAAGCCGAAUUUGAUUCCCGCCAAAACACCACCUCGUGCUCCCUCACUUUUGGCUCCAAAUGGACGGUGAUCGUUCACAUCGUGAACCAAGUGGUAGCUUUCUUCCUCCCGCUGUUGGCCAUGGCUUACUGCUACACUCACAUCAUCUUCACGCUGACGAAAUCGAAAGGCUUCCAGAAGCAGAAAGCCAUCUGGGUUGUCCUGACGGUGGUGGCCGUCUUCUUCCUCUGCUGGACCCCCUACCACUUGGUGAUGCUUAUCAACACCCUCAUCCAUUUCAAAGUCUUGGAGCCAAGUUGCGAGUGGGAGUCCAGGUUGGAUGUCGCAGAGACCGUCACGGUGAGCCUGGGGUUUCUCCACUGUUGCCUCAACCCUCUCCUCUACGCCUUCGUUGGGGUCAAGUUCCGGAACAAAUUCCUUGAGCUGUUGGAGCAGGUUGGCUGUGUGAGCCAUGGUUUCCUGAAGAGACACGCCCGCCGGAAAGACUCGACGUGGUCCGAGAGCACAGAGGCCUCUUACGCGGGACUCUGA